AGGUGAUGAAAGACAUGAUGAAACAUCAUGGCGGACAUAGUUGGGAUAACGGAGCACAAGAAACUAUUAAGUAUUAACAAGAAAAAGCAAUUCAGAUGGAGCGGAGACUCUGAUCAACUAAAAGAAUUUCUGUUGUCCUACUUAGAGGAAGGAAAUAACGAUAAAUUUGUCAGCAUAAGUAGGAACGGAGCAACAAGAGUACUUAAAUUUGAAUCGGUGACGGUUAAUUUCUACACCAGCACGAAUACACUCCAGAUACAAGGUGCGGGUAAAGAUGGUUAUAUCUCAAAACUCACCGAUCUAGUAAACACAAAUAGUGGCAAUAACGAAAAUGCUGAGACCGAAACUGAUCAAGCAGAAGCGGGCGAAGAGAUAUCACAAUCGAGCAAGAAACAGGACGAAGAGAAAGGCGAAAAAGCGAUGCAUGAUGCUCGCUAUGAAGAGUUCGAAGCUUUUAUGGCAACUCAAAGAGAGUUUAACACGAAAAUAGAAAGUCAAGUUUCCAAAAAUACGAUCGAGAUUGGGGAGCAAAGUAUUGAUUUGGAGGAUUGGAAACAGAAGAUAAAGAAUGGUCUGUCCGAUGUGAAGAUGCAUUGUGAAAGUCAAAUCGACUCACUCAAGUUUGAAAUAAGCGAAAGUAUUAAAGAUGUCGCUAAACAAGUCUCCAACCUGUCAAACAAAGUAACAAGCGAGUUUAAGUCCGUCAAAAAUAAAUCUGCAUCAACAGCGGAAACAAUCCUCAAAAUAUUAGGCGACUUAGGAGAAAAGACAAAAACGACUACGAAUGUAUUGUGGUUCACUCCGGGGUAAAUGAUUUAAGGAAGUCUAGAGCAACAGACAUCGCUGACAACAUGCAAAGAUGUGUUCAGAAAUUAAAAUCACGUUGGCCGAAAGCAAACAUCUAUGUGUCGGGAGUUUUAUACAGUCUCAAGGGAGACAAUGUAAAAGUAGAUGACGUAAAUUAUUAUUACGAAGAAAUCUGUCGGAACAAUCAGGGAUUAUGUAAUUUCAUCAACAAUCAAAAAGUCACUGCGGACCGAUUUGGAAACAUCGAUGAGGACUCCUUCUACGAUGACACCCACUUGAACAAUCGAGUUGGUACCAAAAAGUUAGUGACGAACAUCAAGGUACAAGUUGGUCUGAGAAGCGAAGACAAGGAAUCCAAUCGAGAAGGACAACAAGCUAGGAAAUUUAACAGACAAAGAAGACAAAGACCCCCAUGGAAUUCAAGCUAUAAUGAAGCAUUUCCGACACUUCCACCACCUUUCCGAGCACUUGACGCAUUGGCGGAAUAUUUCAAAAGACAGGGGUUUGCGCACCGUCCAAGAUAAGUGCAUAUGUUUAAAUAAUUUAAUUCACAUGUAAUCAGAAAAAGAUUCGUUUUGGUUGUUGGAACUUAAACGGUUUCAACAGUAGGGUUGUGGGAAAUAAGUUAAAAUUUAAUGAUACUUUAAGCACUAUUAAAAGACACGACAUUUUUGGGAUAGUGGAAACGCAUGCAAAUCAAAAUUCCGAUCUCAAAAUAAACAACUAUAAACAUUUUGUAAAACAUAGAGAUUCAACAAGAUACAAAAAAUCGGGGGGUAUAGCCGUGUACAUCAGAGAAAACAUUUCCAGUGGAGUUAAAUAUAUACCAACAGAUAAUGAAAAUGUCCUAUGGGUUAAAUUGUGUAAAAAUAUUUUCAACUUACAAAAAGACAUUUAUUUAGGAACUGUGUAUCUAAGCCCAGCAAACGGGCGAUGUAAUAAUUAUGAAGAAGACAUUCUAGAAGAACUUGAAUUUGAAAUAUUAAGGCUCUCUCUAAAGGGGGAUGUCAUUAUCCAAGGGGACUUUAAUGCAAGAACGGGUAUUUUGCAAGAAUUUGCUCUGGAUGAUGAACAAAAUGACGAAUUUAUGGGUCUACCAAAAGAUUACCAAAUUGAUAUUCCAAAUAAUAGAAAUUCACAAGACUCUAAGGUGAUUGACAGCCGAGGAAGAAAUUUAAUAGAAACGUGCACUGCACUCAAUAUGCGAAUUUUGAACGGCAGAGUAGUAGGUGACCUUGAAGGUAAGAAAACCUGCUUUCGAUACAACGGAAGCAGCGUUGUUGAUUACAUAAUUGUAAAUAAUGAAAGUUUAGACAUUGUUGAUUAUUUCAUUGUGAAUCCGCUUGAGCCACACCUGACUGAUCACUGUUCGCUUUCAUGCAGUCUAAACCUGAAAUUUACAUUUAAACAAAAAGAUAAUUCAGAAAACGUACAACUAAGUGAGCUCAAAAGAUUGCGCUGGAAUAACGAGAUCAGUAGCGAGUUAAAGCUAUUGUUCGAGUCCGAAGAAGUGCAAACAAAUUUAAAUACGGCUUUAAAUAAUAAUUGCGUAGACACAUCAGUAGAUCUUUUUACAGAAACGCUCUUAUCCGCAUGCGAAAACGCAGGACUGCGCUACCAAAACAAUGACAUAAAAGAGAGCAGCGUUAACAAAAUGUGGUUCGACAAGGAAUGUAAAAAUGAAAAAGAAAAUUUACGCUCACUAGGCAAAUUACUUUCAAAGCAGCCUGACCAACGCGAGCUAGGAGCCGUCUUGAAGGAAAAAAAGAAGUCUUUUAAAAAACUCUGUAGGCGGAAAAAGUAUACGCAUUAUAAUAAUAUAGUAAACAGUAUCGAUUUCAGAAACUCUAAAAACACUUGGAAACAAAUAAAUAGGAUUUUCAACAGCAAUACACAUAAACAAUCACAUCAAAUUAGACCCGAAGAAGCUGCUGUUUUUCAUCAGCACUUCGAACAAUUAAACGCGACAAUAGAAUCACAAAA